AUGGCUGAAGAAUUCGAAGAAUCAGACGUCGUGUUCACUAUGAACAACGUAGAUGAUGACGAGUGUUUUUUAAAAUGUUUUACGGAUUCGGAUUCUGAUGAUCAAUCGAGAAGAUCAAAGAGGAAAAAGGUUGAGAAGAAGACGAAACCUGUGAAUAUAUCGUGGUGUGGUUAUAUGGAACCGAGUUUAUAUGAAUAUGAAGGAGACGAAGGGGAACUGGUGCCGCCUCACGUGUUGGUGAGGCGGCGAUUGGCGGAGAAAAUGGCGUUUUCGGUUUGUUAUGGGAUUGGAAGGACUUUGAAAGGAAGAGAUUUGAGUGAAAUGAGGAAUUGUGUUCUUCGAAUGACUGGUUUUCUGGAGAGCUAA